AUGUGGCCCAUCCUCAGCCACACUCUCUUCCCACCCCCGACCCAGGCCUGGCUGCAAAGGGCUUCCUCGGACCCUGAGGCCCAGGGCUGGGGGGCCUGGAGCAGGGCUGAGAAGCCCCUUCCAGAGCCAGGGGGUGGGGGCGGGAAGGAGGAGGAGCCAGGGGAAGCAGAGGAUGAUCCGGAAGAUGCAGGCUUCCCGCUGUCUCUCCUGGAGGGGGAGAACCUGGCCGAGUCCCCGGAACCUGACCAGGAGCUGGAGGCCAUCAAACUGCGGCUGUGGGCUAUGGAGCAGGCCCAAGGACGGGAGCCGCCCGGGGUGCGGGGCCAGGCCGGGGACGAGGAGGGGGCUGAGGCCCCACUGGCCAGGCAGCUGCUGAGCCCCGAGGCAGGCUGCACCUGCCCUGGGCCCCCCGUGGAGCAGGUGGAGUCAGACCACAGAUCCAUCUACGUGGGGAAUGUGGACUACGGGGGCACGGCUGAGGAGCUAGAAGCCUACUUCAACCCCUGCGGGGAGGUCCACCGGGUCACCAUCCUCUGUGACAAGUUCUCUGGACACCCCAAGGGCUACGCCUACAUCGAGUUUGCUGCGGAGAGCGCCGCCCAGGCCGCAGUGGAGCUGGACCAAAGCAUCUUCCGGGGCCGAGUCAUCAAGGUGCUGCCCAAAAGGACCAACUUGCCGGGGAUCAGCUCUACGGACCGCGGGGGCUUCCGAGGACAACCAGGCACCAGAGGACCGUUCCCCCGCAGCAGCCUCCAGGGCGGGGCCCGCUUCAGACCUCGAGGGCGGAACCGGGGCCGUGGAAGGUUCUCACCUUGGUAUUCGCCGUAUUGAAGGGAGGACCCGAUUUUGAGAGUGGGGCUGGGGUGGGUCAAGAGUAAGCGGUCGUGCACUGGGCGGGACCAUUUGUUCAGCGCAGAGUAACGGCCCUGUCCCCUUCACCCUCCAGGGCCUCCCACGGCGGCCCAGACCCCGCAGCCGAAGCCAAAAGGCCAGAAGUCCCGCAGGAAGCAGGGCACGGGGAUGGGGGCUGCGCCCGGCACGGGUGCCGCUAGGGGCUUUGGAAGGCAUGGGCAAAGCUUCCGGCAGGUGGCGCUGAGUCGGCUCAGGGGUCUCUAAGUCCUUUUAAAGAAAAUUAGAAAUGUGUCUUAAUGGUAAAGCAUAAAUUAAAUU